AUGUUCACGUUCUGCCUAUUAACUCCAGGUCCAAACGAUCACGCGUUCAAGGCGUCGCUCUUGACAUUUGAUAAUGAACAGCGAAUAUUAGCGGACCCGUCAUGGAAUGGUAUUGAUCCGAAAGCAGCUCGAUUUAUGGAAUCGCAUUUACAACAAACGAAUGCAAUCAUCAUAUCACAUUCAACAAAUGAAUUCAUCAGCGGAUACAUUCUUCUUUGCAUAACAUUUCCAAGUAUUAUGUCAAAUAUCCCAGUUUAUUCGACAUUGCCUGUUAACCAAUUGGGUAGAAUAUCAACAGUGGAAUACUAUCGAUCUCUGGGUAUCCUCGGUCCACUAUUGUCGAAUCUUGUGGAGUUGGAUGAGAUUGAUAAUUGGUUCGACAAGUUUAAUAUCGUAAAGUAUCAACAAAAUGUUACCAUUUGUGAUCGAAAGAUUACAAUGACACCUUACAAUUCAGGGCACUCAUUGGGUGGGACUUUUUGGUUGUUGGUGAAGAAAAUUGAUCGUAUCAUUUAUGCACCAAGCUGGAACCACUCGAAGGACGCCUUUUUGAACAGUGCAAACUUUAUAAACGCAACGCUGGGUAAUCCACAUUUGUCCUUGCUUCGCCCAACAGCGUUCAUCACUGCCACGGACUUGGGAUCUGCAAUGUCACAUAAGAAACGGUGCGAGAAGUUUUUGCAAUUGGUCGAUGCCACUUUGGCCAAUGGUGGCUCGGCUGUAAUUCCAACAUCCAUCUCCGGGCGAUUUUUGGAAGUUUUCCACUUGGUUGAUGAACACUUGAAAGGUGCGCCCAUUCCAGUUUACUUUCUAUCUUAUUCGGGAACUAAGAUAUUGAGCUAUGCAUCUAGUUUGAUGGAUUGGAUGUCCCUGGGUUUCAGCAAUACGUGGAACAGUGAUGGUGGUAACAACAGUCUACUACCUUUCAAUCCUAGUAAAGUGGAUUUACUAUUGGACCCUUUGGAAUUGUCCAAGACACCAGGGUCCAAAAUCAUUUUUUGUGCAGGCUUGGAUUUGAAAAAUGGUGAUCUUUCAAGUAAAGUUUUUCUGUACUUAUGUAACGAUGAAAGAACAACUGUUAUAUUGACCGAAAAGCCACCAGCAGCAGCAGCCACCAACAGUGUAGAAAACGGUAUGGGACUCAGCACCGAUUUGUAUCAUGAAUGGGUCAGAUUGUCCAAGGAGAGGACUGGAAAGGUUGUUGAUGGUACCCCUGUACCGUUGGAAAAAAUUAUCAACUUAAAUAGUUGGGUCCAAGAAGAGGAAGCCAAUGGUCCCGAGGCAGCUGAUUUUGUCAAGAAGAUUACCCAAAAGAGAAAAGAGAAGUUAAUGGCGAAAGUCAGAGACCAAAAGAGACAAAACUUGUUGAGCACAGAUGUGAUAGAUGUCGAGGACUCUUCGGACGAUGAUGAAGAGGAGAAUGAUGACGAGACGAGUGCAAAAGUUGGCGAAAUAUUUGAUGAAAAAGUAAAGCAAGAAAAGACGCACGUGCCAUCGACAAAGGAGGUUGACGAUUUAAUUCAACAUGAGGCUUUUGUCAUGGACAAUGUGAAACAAAACUUUGAAAAUCAUUUACCAAUUGAUAUCCGAGUUACUCAUAAAUUAAAACCCCGCCAAGCCACGUUCCCCUUCUUUCCUCCCAAAGUUACCUUUGAUGACUACGGUCAAGUUAUUGAUGCAAAAGAUUUUGAAAGAACUGACCAGAUCUCCCACAACAAGAUCAUUAUGGAAGGAAAGAGGAAAUUUGACGAAAAGAAACAAAAGUGGAAUAAGAAUGACAAAACCGACAAGAAAAAGAAUCAACAAAUGAGUAAAUUGACACCGCAGGAGCAAGUCAAUCAGCAAUUACUACAAAAGUAUUUAGACACGUUAUACAAACCUAUGAAACGAGUUCAACCAGGACAUAGAACUUCUUCCAGCACCCAAUUGAGAGUGAGAUGUGGGCUAGCGUUUGUUGAUUUAUCGGGACUAGUGGAUUUACGUUCUUUAGGUAUAAUUGUGCAAGCAAUCAAGCCGUACAAUUUGAUACUUUUACCUGACGAAAGAGCGAGCGAUCAAUCUGGACUUGAUCAGGUUGAAAAGUUUUUCGAACAGCAGCAGAAUGAGCAAACUGUUGAAAAUACUAAAAAGCAGAUUGUAAACUCUUCGAGAUAUUUAUCUUUGUCAGCAAUUCGUGAUGGUCUCACCACUUCUACAUCUCCACUUUCUAGUGGCAAGCUUAAUGUUCUCGUUGCUCACGAUGAUCAACCUAUCAAGAUUGGAGUGGAUUCCGAAAAUGGUGUUAUUGGAUUGAGGAACUUUGAAAUCAACUUGGACGAUGCAGUGGUGUCCACCUUGAAAUGGCAAUCGGUUGGUGACAAUUAUAAAGUUGCCAAAUUGUAUGGUGAAUUGGAGUUGAUCAACGAGCAAGAAUCGUCUCCAGAGCACAACUUGCACAAGAAGCGCAAGUUGUUGCAGGAUUACAUCAACUCAAACACCCAAUUUUCAUUGAAGCCACUUGAAUCUGAGCAAGCUCUUUUCAAGCAAAGCAAUGCCAAUCUUUUGGCAACGACAAAUGAUCCAAAAAUGUUGACGAUGAUUUCAAAUGCACCCAAAUUAGCUAUUGGUAAUAUUCGGCUACCAGAUUUGAAAAAGAAAUUGACCUCGCUUAACUUGAAUGCAGAGUUCAAGGGAGAAGGUACAUUAGUUGUUGAUGAUGCCUUGGCAAUCCGGAAAAUAGCCUACGGUUCGUUGGAGAGCGACGACAGCGGUGACAUUGUCAUUGAUGGAAAUGCAGGACCAUUGUAUUAUACAGUCAAGGAAUGUAUUAAAGAGAUGUUGGCAUAUGUAUAG